AGUGAGACUUUGUCUCAGAAAACAAACAAACAAAAACCCAGGCAUGGUGGCACCUAUAGUCCUUGCCACUCAGGAGAUUAAGGAGAGAGGAUCACUUGGGCCCAAGAGUCCAAGGCUGUAGUGACCCUGACAGAGGAGUCACUAUAAGACAACCAAACAACAACCACUAAAAAAGUGGCAAGGGACUUCACUGAAUUGUUUUCCUGUUUUAAUGUUUUGUGGAAGGAGGAACUUAGGAUCAGUGAAAUUGGAUAGUUGGCCAAAGAAAUUUCUAAGCAAAGUGUUUAGGGAUCAACGUGGCUUCUCUUGGCUGUUUAUAGUAAAAUGUGAGAAGAGAGAAGUGAAUUAAAGAUAUAAUUUAUAAUCAGAAGUGAAGAUUUAGGAAAUUCUCAGCUUGGCCAUGUAAAGAAUAAAAAAGCAUGUUCUGGAGAGAACACCAAAAGAGUGGCCUAGUCACCUUUUGAUAAAGAAGACCAGUGUGCAUGGGUGGAAGCUUGGUGCUGUUCAUCAAAACAUGGAAGAAUAAACCCACAGCAUUUCAGUGAUUAUCGAUGCUGCUCCUCUCAUCACAGGCCCAGAGGGCCAAGACAUGGGGGACAGAACUAUCAAAAGAGGGGCUUCAGGCGCUAAUGAAACCCUGGCAAUCGCUUCCUGGCACUGUGUCAAGUCUGCUCCCCAAAUUUUGGCGCAGUGCUCCUUAGCCAUUCCAGGUGUGGCUCCGGUAGGCCCAAAUAUAGUGCAAGUAUAUAUGUGGCUGCUCCUCUAGAGGGCACAGGUGGUGAACCUUGGCAGUGUCUGAGUGAUGCCAUCUCCAGUGGGUACAGGGUGCACAAGCCGCGGGGUAUGAUAACUUCCACCUAGAUUUUAAAAGAUGCCCUGGAGAGCCUUAACAGAUCCUGGCAGAGAAUUGCUACAGAGGUGAGGCCACCACUGGGAACCCUCGCCAGGUCAAAGCUUAGUGGAGCUGAGAGGGGCGGGGUCGCUCCCUGAGGCCCUAGUCUAGUAGACCUUCCAGCAUGCAACUGCAGCCUGGGAGAGCCACAUGCAGAAGACUCAAACUCUAACCCAGGAGAACUGAGCAUGGGCUGCCCCCAAUAAAGUCAUGGGGAUGGGGGCCCCUGGUAGCCUGGGGGCCCAACUCCUGCUCCAGUGUGUCCAAAAGGCAGGAUAUCAAGUCAAAGAUUAUUCUGAAGCCUUAAAAGUUAAUGUUUGCCCUGUUGGGUUUUGGAUUGGUUGGGACCUAUUAUCCCUUUCUUCUUUUCUAUUUUCUCCCUUUUGGAAUGGGAAUGCAUGUUCUGUGCCUGUCCCAUCAUUGUAUUUUGGAAACAGGUUGGAUUUCACAGACUCACAGCUGGAGGGGAAUUUGCCUCAGGAUGAAUUGCACCUUUGAGUCUUACUCAUACCUGAUUUGGGGAAGGAGUUAGGACUUGUGAGACUAUGGAAUGAAAUGAAUGUAUUUUGCCUGUGAAAUAGGAAUGUUAGAGGGUCAGGAACUGAAUGCUCUGGUCUGAAUGGGUUCCUCCAAAAUUCAUGUUGAAACCUCAUCCCUACUGUGGUGGUAUUAAGAGGCGGGGCCUUUGGGGAAGUGAUGAAGUCAUGAGGGCUUCACCCUCAUGAAUGGAAUUAGUGCCCUUAUAAAAGAGGUUGAAGGGAGCACCCUGGACCCUUUCUGCUAUUAGGAUGCAACCAGAAGGCAUCAUCUCUGAAGCAGAGAAUAAACCCUCACCAGGCACUGAAUCUGUCAGUACUUUAAUUUUGGACCUCUCAGCAACCUCCAGAACAAUUAUAAGCACACCACAGAGACUAACCAGUUCAGGAAGUGUUCUGAUUGGGAGUCCAUAUACCCCUGCACCAGCAAUGGUUACUCAGACACACAUAGCAGAAGCUACUGGCUGGGUCCCUGGUGAUAGAAAACGGGCUAGAAAAUUUAUAGACUCUGAUUUUUCAGAAAGUAAACGAAGCAAAAAAGGAGAUAAAAAUGGGAAAGGCUUGAGACACUUUUCAAUGAAGGUGUGUGAGAAAGUUCAACGAAAAGGUACAACAUCAUACAAUGAAGUCGCUGAUGAGCUGGUGUCAGAGUUCACCAAUUCAAAUAACCAUUUGGCUGCUGAUUCGGCUUACGAUCAGAAAAACAUUAGGCGAAGAGUUUAUGAUGCUUUAAAUGUGCUAAUGGCAAUGAACAUAAUUUCAAAGGAAAAAAAAGAAAUCAAGUGGAUUGGCCUGCCUACCAAUUCUGCUCAGGAAUGUCAGAAUCUGGAGAUAGAGAAGCAGAGGCGGAUAGAACGGAUAAAGCAGAAGCGGGCCCAGUUGCAAGAACUUCUUCUACAGCAAAUCGCUUUCAAAAACCUGGUACAGAGAAAUCGACAAAAUGAGCAGCAAAACCAGGGCCCGCCAGCUCUGAACUCUACCAUUCAGCUGCCAUUCAUAAUCAUCAAUACAAGCAGAAAAACAGUCAUAGAUUGCAGCAUCUCCAGUGACAAGUUUGAGUAUCUUUUCAAUUUUGACAACACCUUUGAGAUCCAUGAUGACAUAGAAGUACUAAAACGGAUGGGAAUGUCAUUUGGCCUGGAGUCAGGCAAAUGCUCUCUGGAGGAUCUAAAACUUGCGAAAUCCCUGGUGCCAAAGGCUUUAGAAGGUUAUAUCACAGAUAUCUCCACAGGACCUUCUUGGUUAAAUCAGGGACUACUUCUGAACUCUACCCAAUCAGUUUCAAAUUUAGACCUGAACACUGGUGCCACCUUACCCCAGUCAAGUGUAAACCAAGGGUUAUGCUUGGAUGCAGAAGUGGCCUUAGCAACUGGGCAGUUCCUGGCCCCAAACAGUCACCAGUCCAGCAGUGCAGCCUCUCACUGCUCCGAGUCCCGAGGCGAGACCCCCUGUUCGUUCAAUGAUGAAGAUGAGGAAGAUGAUGAGGAGGAUUCCUCCUCCCCAGAAUAAAGACAAGAGAAAGCCUACGUUUCAAUAUGUGAUGCUCAUGUGUGUUUGUAGUGUGAGCUCUUGUUUUUGAAAUGAUUGCUUCAGUCUUUGCCUUUGUUUGCACUGUGUGUUCAGUGAAAACUAGAGAAACACAAUAAGCAAAUCACAUGAAGGCUGAGAUGAUUGAGAUGAAAGUUAACAUAGUGUGAAUGAAAGUCUGGCCAACAGAGCAGUAGAUGAUAUAACAAACAAAGCAUGCUUUCUGAGGAGCUAGUGGGGAUAAUUCCUGAAGAGUUGGCAGUGUGAGUGUGCUCAUUUAUCUUCUGUGAGGUGGGAUUUUUGUGUUCCUCACACCCAUGUAAUUAUUCUUAGAAUUGAGAUUGCUACACAGAGCAGUCCUUGACGAUCAUGUUUCUGACGUUUCUCUUCCCUGCCUGGACUGCCUUUGACAAGGCGGAAAUGAACAUGAAAAGUCCCCACGAGAGGGGAGCUGUGUAGUGAGGGAUACUGAGGGCAGUCCUGUGGCCGAGGGGCACAGAUUGAACUGCUGAACUAGUUGGAGGUCUAGUUAAGGUGCUUUAUGCAUCAGCUGCCUUAGACAGCUUCUAGAAAGGAGCAAGCGCUACUUCUUAAGUACUUGAGUGACAUUUAGAUAAUUUAUAGUAAAACUGAAAUUAUUAUUAGCCAAUGCAUUGAUGCAUAGAAUUUACUAGGGCUACUUCUGGAAGCCAAAAUAGAAUAGCAUUUCCAUGUGCAUUAAAUACUUUGCCAGCACUGCCUUUUGCCAGCAUCCUAAAUCUGGAGUUUUAUAAAGAGGGAAAAUGUAUCUUUAGGUUAAUCAAAGCUAUGCAUUUCAUAUAGCUUUUUCAUUUAAAACAAGACAAAUUCCUAUGACCAAAUUGCUUGCCUACAGUUCCCUGCAGCAAUUGUAUGCUCUCACCCAGUGUGCAAUUUGUGAAGAUGAACCAAAUGUCAUUACUUUUGUCUUAAAGAAAAGUCUAUUUCAAGAAUAUGAACAGCAAUGUUUCCUUCUACAUGUCACCUUUUUUCACAUUUUCAUUAGUCAGAAUGACCUUAUUGAACCUACUCCUGGGGUCAGUUGCAUUUCAAACUAAUCCAAUAUUUAGUGUUUCACAGAAACACUGGAAAACUGAACACUCCUACUGCCUGGAUAUAUGGUAGUGCAGUUAUGUUGUUUAUGGCUCAAGAUGUCAUUAGAAAUACUGCAGUGGUGUAUUCACAACUGCUUCUUCUCUGAAAGAGUGUAGGGACAUCUGCCACCAUGGCCAGACCCUGAAUUUCACAUUAAGGCCUUGGAAAGGAGCAAAUAAUAAUGGGAAAAUUAACUCCAAAACUUUGACCUGAAUCAUGUGGAUUUAUCCCAAGAUGAUGCUAGAUGCACCAAGCAUGGCCCAAAUUGGUUCUUUUUUAAAUCCCUUGGGGGAAGUGCAGGCUUCUUCCUGUGGUGCCUCUUUCUAGCCCCACCACCAUGUUGACAGUGAGCCUGGUGAGGAGGAGAAAGCUUUGGCUAGCUAAACAUGUUUAAUAAGGCCAUAAAAACUGAGAAAGAAAAACAUUCAACUUUAGCUGGAGCUCCUUUGAUACAAAAGUCUCAUUCUGUCAGAAAUAAGCCAUAGUACAGACUCAGAGAUAGAGGCAGUUUCUAGAGAACUUGGUCUUAUCGUGGGUUCUGGAGCAUACCUCUCAGACUAGUCAGGAACACCGGGGAGGUGACAGCAGGUCCCCAGGGACCUGCAGGGGACAUUUCAACUGCAUGGAUCGGGAUUUCCCUCCAAACCAACUAUCCUUUAAGGGGCAGCCUCCUCUUUUACUAACUUCACCCUUUCUCAUCUCUGGGACCCAGCAGGGACCUGGAGAGGCCAACGGCCACAGCUACCUUUGUAGUCUUCAAAAUAUUGAACUGCAGGUCCCAAGAUGCAUUUCAGAAUUUAAGACAGGUACACUAAUGAUAAUCAUUCCUUCACCAAAUAGCAACAUUCUUGCCAGAGUUCUUGGGAACCUGUUUUCUUCUCUACUCUCCAUCUCUGCUACUCUCAUGCUUUAAAUUGAUAAAAUAUGGGCUUAAAAAAAGCCGCCAAAGACUCUUAUCCUUAUUGGUGCCCCACCAUUAGCCACCCCAGCCAUAGGUGUGUGCUGUUGGUGGGAACAGUCUCUUCCUCAGCGUUGUGUUUGGGUUACUGUUGAGGCUGCCUCACAGAGUGACAUCGUGGUCACCAGUAUAUGUCACUGGAGUAAAAUCUUGCCUUUAGAAACUGGGUUGAGCUGUUUAGAAAGGCCAAUUCUCUUCUGUAUUCCCCCUCAACAUUUAUCUGGGUCCAAAGCUCAGCACUGAGUCACAAUUUCACACAAAAUUAAAGUGAAGCAGUGUUAGGAAACUGGGGACUAGGUGCAGCGCCUCUCGCCUGUCAUCGUAGCACUUUGGGAGGCCGAGGCAGGCACAUUGCUUGAGCUCAGGAGUUCAAGACCAGCCUGGGCAACAUGACAAAACCCUGCCUCUACAAAAAUAUAAAAAUUAGCCUUGUGUGGUGGGGCAUGCCUGUUGUCCCAGCUACUCAAGAGGCUGAGAUGGGAGGAUUGCUUGAGCCCAGGCGGUGGAGGUUGUAGAGAGCCAAGAUCACACCACUGCACUCCAGCCUGGGUGACAGAGCAAGACCCUGUCUCAAAAAAAAAAAAAAAAAAAAAGGUGGGGGCUGCCGGGAGGGAAGUUGUGGUUCCAAUGCCCAGGCUGCUUUGUUAUAGUGGCACGUGGGGUUACUUGCCAUACACAGAUCACUCCUCCCCGGGGUGCUGGCACACACUGAUUGUGGGGAGUUCAAGAGGCCUUUUCCCCUUGAGGGUGAGUGUGGCUGUCCCCCUUUCAAGCGUGUGGCAUCACUCACUGAAGAAAUGCUGGCUCUAUUUAGCACAUGCACAGUGGCACUAGGACCUGCGUGUCUGGCCCUCACUGGGAAGGCCGGUGCCGCCUAGGCACACAGCAGCGCUUAUGGGCCCCAGGUGCCUACCACACUGCCUUCCUCUUCCCCGCUGUCAGUCUGUCUCCUCCACGUGCUCGUUUCCUGUGGUGAGAGCAGUUGUGGUGUUUGUAUACCUUGUGCCUUAUGAUCAAGGUGGGCCUUGGAGGAAGGCGGGAAAGCAGGGGCCAACAUGGCGGUCCUCCACCCCUCAGCCACACCCACCGCCCAAGAAACUACAGAGGAUGGCCACAUGUUUGGCGUCCUUCAAUUUAUUUCUUUAAAGAAGUGAUGGGAAUAAAAAGCUAUGUGGUUUCUGCCAUUUUAGCAGGAUAAAGAGGAUAACUCCUUCCGUUAGCAAAUUUUACAGUUAUAAAAGUACUCUGCCAUAUUUGGAAAAUAAUGCCAGGGUCAGACCUUGAAAACAAAGUAGCUCCUGUCAGAUAAUUCAAAUGGAAAUAUUUCUUUCCUUUUUUUUUUUGAGACGGAUUCUCGCUCUGUCGCCCAGGCUGGAGUGCAGUGGCGAUCUCGGCUCACUGCAAGCUCCGCCUCCCGGGUUCACGCCAUUCUCCUGCCUCAGCCUCCCGAGUAGCUGGGACUGCAGGCGCCCGCCACCACACCUGGCUAAUUUUUUGUAUUUUUAGUAGAGACGGCGUUUCACCGUGUUAGCCAGGAUGGUCUCAAUCUCCUGACCUUGUGAUCCGCCCGCCUCAGCCUCCCAAAGUGCUGGGAUUACAGGCGUGAACCACCGCGUCCAGCCUCAAAUGGAAAUAUUUCACAGAGGAGUGGCUCAGUUUAGCCCUGCAAGACAUCUGUAACUGCUAAACCACAACUCUUUAUGGCUAUUUGGGUCAUAGAGACAGCAGAGUUGCUCCAAGUAUAGAUGUGACUUAGGCUCCCUCUAGCACAGUGUGUGUGUUGGAGGGAGUGUGGAUUAGCAGAGGAUGAGAACUACCUCAGCGAUUCCUGCCAUAACCACACUGAGAGAGGGGGGCGCUGGGGGAAAAGCCUAUUUAGCCUUGUUUUUGGCGGUGGGGUGGGGGACGGAGUCUCGCUCUGUCGCCAGGCUGGAGUGCAGUGGUGCGAUCCCGGCUCACUGCAAUCUUUACCUCCCAGAUUCAAGCGAUUCUCCUGCCUCAGCCUCCGGACUAGCUGGGAUUAUAGGCGCAUGUCGCCAUGCCUGGCUAAUUUUUUGUAUUUUUAGUAGAGUCGGGGUUUCACCAUGUUGCCCAGGUUGGUGUCAAACUCCUGACCUCAGGUGAUCCGUCCGCCUCAGCCUGCCGAAGUGCUGGGAUUACAGUUGUGAGCCACCGCGCCUGGCUCUAUUUAGCUUGUAAAAAAGUAUUUCAUUUCAAGGGCGCUUUAAUACUAUCAAGCUCCCUCCCCUAACAAAAUGGGCUGUCCCUGCCCAACAAGUCUGUGAAGUAGACCUUAAAACUGUGCUGCCUUAGUGGUAAGUAAGGGGUGAGGGUUGGACAGUGAAUCUUAAUAUUUCAUCCUUCAGUUAGUAAGCAUUUGAGUACCUACUGUGCGCAGGCAUUGGGGCGGAACAGCGAGAGCCCUGCCGUUGUUGGAUUCUCCUCCUACUGGGGAAAUAUGAUCACAGAUGGAACACGUGCAGAUUGAUGAGUGCUGUGGAAAAAACAGCAGCGUAGUGGGACCCUUUGGGAAAGGCUACUUUGGCUGGGGGUGGCCGGGGAGGCCCCUCUGGGAAAGAGACAGUUUUACUGAGUCAGACAGUGGAAAGACAGAUGUCUCUAUACUUUCUUAACAAGCCACUCUGUCCCAUAACAUGCACUUGGAAUCUCUCCUAAGUUCCAGAGGCCCCACUGUUCCAGUUUCAAGCCUUCAGGUUGGAGUCUGUACAGGAACUUUUAAGACUUCAAAGCAAAGUUAGCUACCAGCAGUUUCUGUAAACCAAGAGAAGAUUCUAACAAAGGUUCACUACUUUCCAACUGAAUCUAUGCAGUAGAAAAAUCAUUAGAAAAUACAAAAAUUAGGCUGGCGUGGUGGCACACGCCUGUAGUCCCAGGUACUAGGGAGGCUGAGGCAGGAGAAUCACUUGAACCCAGGAGGUGGAGGUUGCAGUGAGCCAAGAUCUGCCACUGCACUCCAGCCUGGGUGACAGAGCAGGACUCUGUCUCAAAAAAGAAAAAAAGAAAAAUGAUUAGAAAUUGAGAACUAUUUUCCAUGUUUCUAAGUUGUUGGCUAUAUCAAAGAGAUCAUCUCUAUUCUGCAUAUGGGCUGGCUUUGGUGAAGCUGAUGACUGGAUUUCUAAGAACCGUUUUCCCAAGUGGGUUCCCAUAUUCAUGCACCCAAAGCAAUGGUCCCAAGCACUGAUGAAAACUAAUAUGCAUUUCCCAAAGACCCACACUAUUUAUCAGGAGCCUGCACCAUGCCAUUUGAAUGACCCUCAGCAAUGUGCCUCCCUGCCCUCAAAUUCCCAGUUGAUAACAGUGUUUGGUUAAACUUCCACUCAAGCCAAACAUGGUUACUAAGAAGAGAAAAGCCUGAUGUUUGCAUAUUUUUUUCCCCUCGAGAUGGAGUCUUGCUCUGUUGCCCCAGCUGGAGUGCAGUGGCACGAUCUCAGCCACUGCAACCUCUGCCUCCAGGGUUCAAGCUAUUCUCCUGCGUCAGCCUUCCAAGUAGUUGGGAUUACAGACAUGUGCCACCAUGCCCGGCUAAUUUUUGUAUUUUUAGUAGAGACGGGGUUUUACCAUGUUGGCCACGCUGGUCUUGAACUUCUGACCGUGUGAUCCGCCCACCUUGGCCUCCCAAAGCGCUGGGAUUACAGGCUUAAGCCACCGCGCCCAGCCUAAGAUUUUACAAUUAAAAAAAAAUUCAAGCUCAAUACCCACAUAAAUUAUAACAUUUCUCAGGAAAUAGUCCCUUAACCAAAAUGUAUCUGAGAAGUUAUGCUUAGAUAAUCGCUGGGAUCCGAUUUUUCCACGUCUCACUCCACAGUAUGCUAAAGAAGAAAAAGGGAGUGGGCACAACAACACUUAGACCAUCUGGCUAAGCCCUGGGAGUCCCCAACAGGUCCAGAAACUUCUCUGACACCCAUUCACAAGGGUGCUGAGAUAGGAGAAAGUACUAAUUUAUAACGUGUAUUCUGUGCAGCUGUUCUCAGACAAGGCCGGAUCUUGUCAUCUUACCUUUUGCUUUACAAAAAAGGCCUGUUGAAGCCAAUGCUGUCUUGCCCCUUGCUAUUUCAGCAGAUUAGACUUUGGUCUUCCCUGCUUCUAGCUGCAUCGGAGGCCAUACUAGCUGACGCUCAGGGUCAGGCCUCGCCCCUUCGCCGCAGGUCUCGGGAUAGGGGAGAGCAGAGAUGGGAAGCAAGCAAGAGCUUGACUUGCUUCCCGUCCCUCAGCCUGUCUGUGGCAGAGCCUGCACCAAAACCCAGAGCUGCUUCCCUCCGUGAGGGCCACGCUGUCACCACAGUCCUGCCAGACAGGUUUUGGAUUAGCAUCAGUCCUGUGUCACCAAGUGCCAAACAGCUGAGGGGCAGAAGCGGGACUCCUCUCCUGAGCCCCAGCAUGAGGCCGUGGUGUCAGGUUUAGGCCUCUCUCAAGUCAGAAAACCCCGGGCUGAGACCUCCACAGACAAGGACUCCCCACGCUGGCCAUUGGCAGGGACCCAAGGAGUUCAGUGACCAACUGGUCCUUCCACACACCAGCUGCUGCUGCCCAUGACUUGUCGAAUCAUAACAGGGAAGCUUCCCCAGAUCACGUUUGGAUUUAAAAACUCAUCCCUUGUCAUGCCUCACUGCAUGCCAUUUGUCACCAUACUUCAUCAUGGCCAAGCUUCAUGUCACACGGCCUGGUGAUUGUGCUUGUUCACACUGGGGCCAGGGUUUUCAUACUAAAAUGUCACUGACGAUGGGGCUACUUUUCUCCUGAAUAGCUCCUCUGGGCUUGUUGCAGUUCUAUUUUUGCCAGCAGUACCGUGACAGGGUCAACCUCUCUGUCCUGAAAAAUGGAACCCCCCUACUAAGCAUACGCACUGGCUGCCCAGGCGGCUGCACUCCGGGGAUCACGUUUCAAUACUGAGUUCCUUCAUGCACUUGGUUCACCGCCAUCAUCCUUGAGUUUUGGACAAAAGAGGUGGGUAUGUCGGGCGCGGUGGCUCACGCCUGUAAUCCCAGCACUUUGGGAGGCCGAGGCGGGAGGAUCACCUGAGGUUGGGAGUUCAAGAUCAGCCUGACCAACAUGGAGAAACCCUGUCUCUACUAAAAAUAUAAAAUUAGCCAGGUGCGGUGGCGCAUGCCUGAAAUCCCAGCUACUCGGGAGGCUGAGGCAGGAGAAUCGCUUGAACCCCGGAAGCAGAGGUUGCAGUGAGGCAAGAUCGUGCCAUUGCACUCUAGCCUGGGCAACAAGAGCGAAACUCCAUCUCAAAAGAAAAAGAAAAAAAAGCGGUGGGUAAAGGGCCGUGAGAGCCCAAAUCACUAGGUUGUUCACCUUUUCAUCUGAAGAUGCUUUCCUCUGACUAUGUGCUAUUGGGUUUUAUUUCCAGAAAAUAUAGUUCUCCUUUUUUCUGCAUGAAGGAUACAUCAUGGUGCCACAUGCUUUAAGCAUUUUAAACAAGAGAUAAGAGGAAAAUGCAACCACCACAUCUGACUUGCCCAACGUAGACUUUUCUCUAUUAGAUGGAAGUACACAACCUAAUAUGAUAUAUUAUUUUGUAGUAUCUCAGACUUUGUAAAUAAAUACCAUUAUUUUUAUAUGGAAAUUUUAUAGAAGAGCUAUUUCUGUAUACGUAAUUAUUCCUGGAUUUUCUGAAAUCGCUUCUGGUAGAUAACAGACAAGUCCUAAGCAGUGUUCCACUAAGGGUGGUUCCAGGCCUGCCUGCCGUGGAGUUGACUGGGGGAGUUUUACAGUUUUGUGAUCCUAGGAUGUGUCCCACACGCUCAGUCAGAAGCACUGGAGGUGGGGCCUGGGAAGCUGUAUUUGUAAUGAACUCUGAUGUUUUUUAUCCAUUAAAGUGUAUCUCUGUCCAUCCUAUAAGAUUAAAAGAAAGAAAAAGCAUCUCAAAUGAGUGUAAGUUGUUCUUGAGAAAAAAAAUGUAUCAGACGUUUAUGAUUUGAAUGAAAUGUAUUAUAGAAAAAAAUAAACACUUUAAAAUAA